AUGAACUUUUAAUUCAUACUUAGGCUUUGGAAUUAAUAUAUAGUUUCUUUCUUUAGAUUUCACUUUGUAAAAUUAACAUUUUUUGUAAUGACGGAAAAAUGGGUGCUAAUGGUGACUGCAAAAGCACCCACUAAUAUGUCAGUGAUAAAGUACUGGGGAAAAAGAGAUGAAAAGCUCAUUCUUGCUAUGAAUGAAAGUAUAAGUGUCACUUUUGAUCCAACCCAUCUUUGUACUACUACCACUGUUGCUGUUAGCCCUGGGUUCGAUCGCGAUCGUAUGUGGCUCAAUGGCAAGGAAAUGUCCCUCUCCGGAAGCAGAUACCAAAAUUGUCUGAGGAAAAUUCGAGCUCGUGCCAGUAACGUUGAGGAUGAAACGAAAGGUAUCAAAAUCGCGAAAAAGGAUUGGGAGAACUUGCACGUACAUAUUUCUUCUUACAACAAUUUUCCUACAGCCGCAGGGUUGGCUUCCUCAGCUUCUGGUUUUGCAUGCCUUGUUUAUGCCCUUGCCAAGUUAAUGAAUUUACAAGAGGACAAUGGUAAACUUUCUGCCAUAGCAAGGCAAGGUUCUGGAAGUGCUUGUCGAAGCUUACAUGGAGGAUUUGUUAAGUGGGUCUUGGGAAAAGAGGAAGAUGGAAGCGAUAGCAUCGCUGUUCAACUCGUCAAUGAGAAGCACUGGGACGAUCUUGUUAUCAUCAUCGCAGUGGUGAGCUCACAACAGAAGGAAACAAGUAGCUCCUUAGGAAUGGUUCAAACUGUUGAAACUAGUACACUUAUGGAAUACAGAGCAAAGGAAAUAGUACCAAAACGCGCAAUUGAAAUGGAAGAAGCCAUAAAGAAUCGCGAUUUUCCAACUUUCGCACGUUUAACCUGUGCAGAGAAUAAUCAGUUUCAUGCAAUCUGCUUAGAUACAAGCCCUCCUAUAUUUUACAUGAAUGAUACAUCUCAUAGGAUAAUUAGCUGUGUUGAGAAAUGGAAUCGUUCAUCAGGAACUCCACAGGCUGCUUACACCUGCGACGCGGGGCCAAAUGUUGUUCUAAUGGCACGUAACCGGGAGGCUGCUACGCUUCUACUCCGGAGGCUUCUUUUUCACUUCCCGCCCAAUUCAAUUGAUUUAGACAGCUAUGUCGUAGGUGAUAAAUCUAUCUUAAAAGAUGCUGGGAUUGAAGAUAUAAAGGACGUGGAAUCAUUACCUUCACCCCCAGAAAUUAAGGAUGAGAUCUCAACUCAUAGAUACAAGGGCGAAAUACGCUAUUUUAUAUGCACAAGGCCUGGAAAAGGUCCGGUUUUGCUUACGGAUGAAACUCAAGCUCUACUCAAUCCUAAAACCGGCUUGCCCACCAAAAUUUAAAUUCUCAAAUGUUUUACGCACUUUUUGAUGAUUUUAGUUAUGAUGGAAUUUUCAUAUUUCAAAGCUUUUUCUUUUGUAAUUUCAGUUCAACCUCACCCUGUGUUGAGUACGGGCUGGACGGACAAUAAUGUACCAUUUUACGUUAUCAUCUACUCCA